AUGGAACACCGUAACCAAAAUCGCCGGUCUUCUCGCAGCCAUCUCGAUGAGCUCAUUGAUAUCUCGGUUUUCUUCCAGCGCGAUAAGGAAUACCAGAUCCGCGGCCGAACAGAGAGUACAAUGGCCUCAUCUGCUCAACAGCAGGAUGAAUCUCGUCGUGGAACCGAGACUUCAGCACCUGGCAUCUUGAAAAGGCAAAACAGUAGCGAUGGGAAACGACGUUCUGUACGCUUCACAGACCAGGAGCCCAAGCCGGACUUCACAGCCGGUGAGGACCUGGGUAUACAGUGGCUUUGGUUGCCGGAAGAAAGUACUUAUACUCUCAACACUCCCGGCCGCAAGUGGAAGCCGGAGACCUGGGAUGUGGUGGACAAUCAGGAGAUGUCGGGGGCGCUGCCGACGGAGGAAUGCCGUUCUUCUCGGAAUUGGCGCAGCAGCUAUGCCCCGCUCAUCGAAAACAUGCGCAAAAACCACCGGGCUGCUGAUUCACACCCGGAGACUAACUUCUUCUCUCGUAAGCAUGCGGCCUCACGCCCGGAGAAGAAGCUUUUCUCUCAAGCUCAUGCGGCCACGAGCAACCCGGUUCUGCGCUCGCCGGCGUCACUCAUUGAUUGGAUCAUGCAGGGCUAUGACGAUGGUCUGAGGUCGAGGCAUAUCCUGGAGGACCUGACUGACAUUCUCACGGAGGAGCUGUGA